AUGGAGGUCACCAACCAAUUCAUCAACGAGAAGAAGCUUCAAAUUGUCAAUGGAGCUCGCAGCUACGGGUGGUUUAUGUCACAAAUUGACUGCCUCUUCUGGUCUGACACAUUAAAAUCGAAGCAAGCACUGCAUCAUAUCUUGAGAUACUAUGAGCAGGCCGACCCCGAUCUUCGCUUUGAGUGGGACAAUUUUCUACAAAGCGACUGGACUCGUCGGUCUGCUCUCGCCCAUUGGAAACUUUUUUCCGACUUCGAUCAGACAGUGGAGAGUCAGGAUUGCCUACAAAGCGAGCACGAACAUCCCGAUGUCGCUUCGUGUUGCGUUUAUGAGUCUCCGGAUUCCUUUCACUUUUUGAUCCGACAAGGCAUUAUUCGGCCAUGCUACUACAACAGCUUUGGGCACAGCCUGUUCCUUCUCGCCUUUCAGAAGAGAGCGAUUGAAACGAUUAAUUACAUGAUAUCCACAAUGAGUCCAAUGGAUCUUCUUGCUCCUGCGUCGGUAGCAGAAAUGUGGGAUGGGAGGUCAAUUAUUCAACUCGCGGCGACGAACUCAGUUGUUUUCGGUAUCUGUUGGGAAAAGAUUGACCAAAUGCUUUUGGAUCUAGGAGAGAUUCUCCAGGAAAGGGAAAUCCGCGAAAUUUGCCGAUUUGCAAGCAUGGGCCUAGCCUCUCGUUUGUAUCAGAGAGGUAUAGAUCUUGCUGAUGCCGUGAAGAAAGAUUCUUCUCUUUGGCUUGAAAUAAUUAUGUAUCAUGUCGACCCAACAUCUUUUUUCGACUGGCUUUUUACGAAGAAUUGCCUACCUCCACAAGACUUUCUUCUGUGUCAUCCAGACCCCGAUUCCGCUUUGGUCUGGCUUUUGGCAAACAAUUUCCCCCUUCCAUAUCCUGGACAUGGCCAAGCAUUUCUUCGACAAUUUGCGAUCCGUUGUGGCAGCUUAGAAGUGGCACAUUGGCUGUCCUUUGAUGGGGCCAUGACCGAGCCGACAAGUGAAUUGUGA